AUGACGGACGAGAUGUUGGCAUGUUUUCACCGGAAUCGAGGGAAAUUUCCUCGCAAACAAUGCCAACAUGAAGGUUACAGUAAAAACAAUAAAGAGCGGAUCAAAAGGAGUCUGCAGUCGUCAUCUGGUUGGAUCGACCAAAUUUUUUCACUCGAAAUGAAAGUGACGGUCGAAUUCACUCCGUGCCCGAAUCCGAGAUCCGUCCAGUGUCCGGGUCUGCCGAGCCCUUUCUUCGCAUUCGACAGCGGGUCAACGGAAGCCGGUCUGCAACCCACAUUUCCGACGCAACACUCCGUCGCCACAAACUCGGCCGUGGUCAUCGACGCAGGCAGAAGAGACCAGUUGGCCGACAUUGCGGCCGAUCGCUUGUCCGGCUUCAUCUUGGCCGCCUUGACGACCAACUCGUCUCGACUGACGCCAGAUCUGAAGAAGAUCGUGUCGGCGGUCGGCGUCAAGGCCAGUCCGAUCCAGUCGCCUCGUGACGGCCCCGCCCGUCCGAGUCCCCAAGGACACCAACUAGGCCCGCAUUCUGACUCUUCCGGCCCCGACGGCCGCAACAACCUGGGGCUGUAUGUGCUUCUGUGCGCGUUGGCAGUCGGUAAAUGA